GCGGCGCGGACAAGAUGGCGGCGGCGGCCGGGUGCGGGGCGGCGGGCCGGGUGCUGUCCUACGCCUUACACCGCUGGAGCAGCUUCUCCUCCACCUACCUGCCCGAAAAUAUUCUAGUGGACAAGCCUAAUGAUCAGUCCUCAAGGUGGUCUUCAGAAAGCAACUACCCUCCCCAGUAUUUGAUACUGAAGCUUGAAAGACCUGCCAUAGUCCAAAGUAUCACAUUUGGCAAAUAUGAGAAAACUCACGUUUGUAAUUUAAAGAAGUUUAAAGUCUUCGGUGGGAUGAAUGAAGAAAAUAUGACAGACCUCUUAUCCAGUGGCUUAAAGAAUGAUUAUAACAAAGAAACAUUCACCUUGAAGCAUAAAAUUGAUGAACAGAUGUUCCCCUGUCGAUUCAUUAAGAUAGUUCCACUCUUAUCAUGGGGGCCUAGCUUCAAUUUUAGCAUCUGGUAUGUUGAGCUCAAUGGUAUUGAUGAUCCAGAUGUGGUCCAGCCCUGUCUCAACUGGUACAGCAAGUACCGUGAACAGGAAGCCAUUCGCCUUUGUCUAAAGCACUUUCGUCAGCACAACUACACCGAGGCUUUUGAAUCGCUGCAGAAGAAAACCAAGAUUGCAUUGGAGCACCCUAUGUUGACAGAUCUGCACGACAAACUAGUGCUGAAGGGAGACUUUGAUGCUUGUGAAGAACUGAUAGAAAAAGCAGUCAAUGAUGGCCUGUUCAAUCAGUACAUCAGUCAGCAAGAAUACAAGCCACGCUGGGGUCAGAUCAUCCCCAAAAGUACCAAAGGUGAUGGAGAAGACAGCAGACCAGGAAUGAGGGGCGGUCAUCAGAUGGUCAUUGAUGUUCAGACAGAGACUGUUUAUUUGUUCGGGGGCUGGGAUGGGACUCAGGACCUGGCUGACUUCUGGGCAUACAGCGUGAAGGAAAACCAAUGGACUUGUAUCUCUAGAGAUACUGAAAAGGAGAAUGGUCCCAGUGCCAGAUCUUGUCACAAGAUGUGCAUCGAUAUUCAGCGAAGGCAGAUAUACACACUGGGACGUUACCUGGAUUCCUCUGUGAGGAACAGUAAAUCUCUGAAAAGUGACUUCUACCGCUAUGACAUCGAUACGAACAUUUGGAUGUUACUUAGCGAAGACACGGCAGCAGAUGGAGGACCCAAACUCGUGUUUGAUCAUCAGAUGUGUAUGGAUUCUGAAAAACACAUGAUCUACACAUUUGGUGGUCGAAUUUUGACGUGUAAUGGGAGCGUAGACGACAGCAGAGCAAGCGAACCCCAGUUCAGUGGAUUGUUUGCUUUUGACUGUCAGUGUCAGACAUGGAAACUUCUCAGAGAGGAUUCUUGUAAUGCUGGCCCGGAGGACAUCCAGUCCAGGAUAGGACACUGUAUGUUGUUCCAUUCGAAAAAUCGCUGUUUAUAUGUAUUUGGCGGCCAGAGAUCGAAGACUUACUUGAACGAUUUCUUCAGUUAUGAUGUAGACAGCGACCAUGUGGACAUCAUAUCAGAUGGCACUAAGAAGGACUCUGGGAUGGUUCCAAUGACGGGUUUUACUCAGCGAGCUACAAUUGAUCCAGAACUGAAUGAAAUCCAUGUAUUGUCUGGGCUCAGUAAGGACAAGGAGAAACGGGAAGAGAAUGUUAGGAACUCUUUCUGGAUUUAUGAUAUUGUGAGGAACAGUUGGUCUUGUGUUUAUAAGAAUGAUCAAGCAGCAAAAGAUAACCCAAGUAAAAGCCUCCAGGAAGAGGAGCCCUGCCCAAGAUUUGCCCAUCAGCUGGUAUACGAUGAGCUGCACAAGGUUCAUUAUUUGUUUGGCGGGAACCCUGGCAAGUCCUGCUCUCCAAAGAUGAGGUUAGAUGACUUCUGGUCUCUGAAGCUCUGUCGGCCUUCAAAGGAAUACCUGCUGAGACACUGCAAAUACCUCAUACGGAAACACAGGUUUGAAGAAAAGGCCCAAACUGACCCACUCAGCGCACUGAAAUAUCUACAGAACGACUUGUAUGUAACUGUGGAUCAUUCGGACCCUGAGGAAACAAAAGAGUUUCAGCUGCUUGCUUCAGCAUUGUUCAAAUCUGGCUCAGAUUUCACUACUCUUGGAUUUUCAGACGUUGACCAUACAUACGCGCAAAGAACUCAGCUCUUUGAUACACUAGUAAAUUUCUUUCCUGACAACAUGACGCCUCCUAAGGGCAACCUGGUAGACCUCAUCACACUGUAGCACAGCAAUCACUGGACACAUGGAAAAGGAAAAAACAUCCAUUUUCAGUAUUUUAAUUUUUUUACUGCAUUGAUUGACUGCUGGGCUGAAGUAAUAUAGUAACCCCUGGGUCUUUGAAAGGGGCUUUCUACUUGUUUCAGUGAAUCCCUGAGGUUUUCCCUUGUUGGAUUAGGCUAAUAAAAUGUAACUGAUCUACUUCCAACUAAAUAUAUUUAUUUUUUUUUCUGACUUUGACUUUCAAGAGUUAGCAAAUGAAAAGAGAAGAAGAAGAAAAAUCAGUCAUGCAGUCAUCCUCUUCGCUUGUAAAGGAAAACGUGGAAAUUUUACAGGCUCUUUGCAACUAACUACAGUUGGUUUCACUUUGGGUUUCUUGGCUCUUUUGCCCCUGCUUAUUGUAACUAGUCCCAACAUCUUGCUUUGCCCUACUAGCUUCAUUCUCCACAGUUGUGUAACUUGGCCGCAGGAUGCUGGUGUAUGUUAAGGUAAUGUCUGUCUUUCCUGACUUGCGUUUUGUAAUUGCAGUGUACCACGUGAAGAGGAAACAUAUGUUACAAUGUUGCCAUCCUUUUUUAUAGUUUGAGAAACCGAUUGACACUCGUGUGUAAUUUGGAUUUGAUAUAAAGCGUGAACAAAAAUAUUUAGUUGGUGCUGCUGUAAAAGCCUGGCUUCCAUUCUCCGAAGCCGCCUAUUUAGAGCUGGUAGUCAAGUCUGAACCUCAGAGAAACCUUUCGAGAGCGAGGGCAGGAGGUGCCUGCAGAAGCCUUUUUCAGGGGUAGUUUUAUGUCUGUAUCUCUCCUGUGAUGCGUUGAGGAGAAACUUUUGCAGGUUCCUUUUCGAGUUCUGCAGAAUCGGGUCUUCCAUAUCCUCUGUGCACAGGCUGAAAAUCUGCAGCCCUCUGUUUCGGGCACCCCGUUUUCUGAGGCAGAUGAUAUCUAGAUUUACAAACCUGUUAGCUCACUGCAUAGAUUUGUGAGUGUGUAACUCAGCGAGGCUUGUUCCAAACCGCUUGUCUUUGUCCUGUGUAGCACAUUCAACUUUUAAAUGCAUCUUCAACCUAUCAUUUAAAUGCAGGGGAAGAGAGCUUUUUUUUUUUUGAAACAAUUCCAUUAAAAAUAAGCUGAUACAUAUGUAUGGGAAGUUGGACUUUAUUUCCUCCCUUGCAGAAAACAUCCUUUAGGGCUAAAGAUUUGGUGCCACACAAGGUCAGUAGUGUGUGGUGAAGGACACAUGCGCCUAGCACUGGCAAAUACUAGAGUGCCAGCAAGCACGUAGAAUAAAUGGGGUGUUGAAAGUUAUAUGAAGACCGCACAGCUUCAUGUCUAAAGAGCCAAAACUUCAUAGGGCAGGAUACUUGCAUUCCCUACGGCUGACUACUGUUGAACUCACCAGAAGUCUUGUGUGUGUGCAAGAGAUGGAUUGGACUCUUUAAAUAAAAAGAAACAAUAAUGAAGUAUAUUUUUUU